CCGCUGUCCUUUUGACUGACUCUGAAUUCUCCUCGCAUUCCUCUUCUUCCCCUCUCUUACUGUACUUGAAAAACUCUCUCUUAUCCCCGUGUGGCUUAUUGUUCCUCCUUUGCGUUGCGGUGCUGUUUCUCGCUGCCACUCCCGUCGUCUUAUCGAUUCGCAGCGUGUGUCGUCAUCAUCGUAUCAUUGCAACCCAUUCAGUAGAACACGCCCGACCAGCACCGACCAGCACCAAGCAACAAUCCCUCUGCGUUUGCAAUCUCCGCCAUUCGUUAGAACUGCUUCGAUAACUACAAUCUAAAAAUCCCCUCGGCGCCAGGAUGGAUUUCCGUCUAGUGCCUCGCGGGGAAGAUCGCAACUAUACCGGGUUCCUUACCAAAACAAUCGUCUACACCGGUUCCUUGAUAUUAUUCUUAGCUUCCUUCGGAUUAACCAUCUCCUCGAUCGCCGUUCCGAGAUGGGUUAGCUAUGAUUCGCCCACCUUCCACUACUCCUACGGCCUCCACCGCCGCUGCUCCUCCGUCGAGGGCGCCUGCUGGGGCUUCCCACAGCGCGAGGACUGCCACGGCGAGGACCGGUACUUCUGUUCGAUGUGGCGCUCCGUCGGGUUCCUGAUGUCGUUCGCCGUGGUGUUGGAGGGCAUGAGCCUGGUCGCGUUCCUGAUCAUCUUGUCCGGCGGGAAGCGGCUGCGCGAGUCCGGGUGGAAAGUUUUAAGUUUGUUCAUCUUGUUGUCCGUGGUGGUGCAGGCGGCGAGUAUGGGGAUUGUGGCGUACCUGUUCGACAACGAGAAACGCUUCUUUCCGGGUUGGGUUCUUUCCGACUCCUGGGUUUUCUGCACCGUCAGCUGGUGCGUGAGUCUCUUCUGCGCGGCGGCGUUGAUCCUGGCGGCGUAUACGUUGCCGUCGGAGGGUGGGUAUGAGUUGAUACCGGAUAAUGAGGGUUGAAUGUGGGGAGGCGAGGUGGGGAGCUUGUUGGGGGUCUAAUGCGAAGUGAUUUUAUGAUACGAUACGAUAAUGACUUGACUCCCGCGGGGUUUAUUUAUAUGGCGUUGGUGGAUGAUUGACUAUGAAUAUGUGGUUCUUUCCGUUGUAUUCUCUGUUCGGUUUGCGGGUUUGUUGUGUAAGGUCUGUUUUGCCGGAUGUUGCAUCUGGUUUAUAGGUACCUAGUAUCAGUGGUAGUGAUAAUGCGGUUAGAUAAUAUACAUGUUAAUACUCCA